AUGGGAACAACUUUGCAGAGCCUUAGCGCUCUUAUGCAAAGGUCUUCUAUAAAUGACCAUGAGGAGCUUAUCAAAGCCUGCAACUCGAUCCUAAAAAAGUCCCGAACGGAUUUGGAUGCACAGCAUAUCAAAACCAUUGCGCUUAUAAAAUUAGACAGAUUUGAGGAUGCAAUUCGUGUAAUUGAAGAAGGAGGUGAUGUGUUGAAGAAACGAUUGCCGCUUGAAUGGUCUUAUGCCCUAUAUAAAAUUGGGAGAUUGGAUGAGGCAAUAUCAUUUGCGGCAUCCGUUGGUUCUCAAAGAGGCGCAAAGCAUGUUGAAGCACAAGCGUCCUAUAGAGCUGAAGACUUUGAUCGAACUCUCAAGAUCUACCAGGAUUUGAUCAGUGAUGUGAGAGCUUCCACGGGUGAACUCACUGAUUUGCAAAUAAACAUAACGGCAGCUGAGGCACAAAGUCUUUGGGCAGGCCAAAGUACUCUUUCAAAGGACCUGGUAUCAAAGCGAGAUGCUUUAGAUGUUUUUGAAGCUGCGUAUAACAUGGCAUGUGAACAAAUAGCCAGGGGUUAUUAUGAGAGAGCUCUGGAACUUUUGAAAAUAUCAAAAGAAUUAUGCGAAGCGUCUGAUGAACUCUCUCUCGAGGAUAAGAAGGUAGAAUUGUUGCCCAUCAAAAUCCAAGAGAUACAUGUCUAUUUGCAGCAAGGGAAAAUUGAAGAAGGAGAAGCGCUUAUUAGAGGCAUAGAUUUUGCCGAGAUUACCGAUCUUUCCACUAAGCUCAUUGCCGAAAACCUCGCUAUUCUUACAACCGAGCAAAAGAUAAACCCCUACAUCAAACACAAGAACUUUAGCCGAACCCCAAGGCCCGCUGGCAAUGAUAAAUUCUUCUCCUAUCAGAAUGACAUCUUAAGCAGAAAUGCUCUUGUCAUCAAUCUUAUGGUCCAGAAGUUUGAUGAAGUUUCGAGGUCGAUCUCUAAAACUCUUUCGCAACACUCUUCUGCUACCCUUUCAUCAGAUGUAAAUUCGCUCGCCGCAUUCGAUGCUACUGCUCACACUCACGGGGCAGAUAGCAGAAAUGCGAUCAAGAAAAUAUCAUCUCUUUCUGCUAUGCGUCCUCGUGAUCUCGGCCUCACCUUAGUUCUUGCUCAACUACAGGUGGCAGAUGGAAACAUCAAUGCCGCAAUAUCCACGUUAGAGAAUUUCUCUAUGAAACUGGAAGAAACCGGCGAUGACUCCGAUAUGAUGGUUCGGUUUAGCCCUGGGUUGGUCAACAUCCUUGUCACUCUGUACAGAAGUCAGGGUCGCAAGCAUCACAUAAAUUCUGAACUAUCGAAGGCUGCCAAGUAUUGGCAGGGGAAGGAUCCUUCUAGCCAACCAAUAUCACUACUCCGCGCAGCUGCAAUAUCUCUCUUCAACUCUCAUGACUCGGCAGAUAUAUCUACUGCUACUGAAAUAUUUGCCCAUCUCCACUCAAGAGAUGGCAGUGAUCGUAUCGCAACUGCAGGCUUUGUAGCCUCUCACGCUAUUUCCUCACCGGCCGUCGUUGAGUCCUCCCUUAAAUCUCUUUUGCCAGUUCAAGAGUUGAUUGCUGGUGUAGAUGUGUCCCAUCUGGAAGCCGCUGGCGUUCAACUACCUGCGAGCACAGCUACCUCUGCAUUAAAAAAAGGCCAGAAACGGCGUUCAUCGGAUGCGUUGAAGAAAAAUAAAAGAAUUCGAAAACCCAAGAAUAUGGAUCCUAACGAGAAAGUUGACCCCGAGAGAUGGCUUCCCCUGAGAGACAGAUCAAGCUAUCGGCCUAAAGGGAAAAAGGGCAAACAAAGGGCAGCUGAUCGAACACAGGGUGGUGUGGUCAAUGAGAAGGCAGAUGAUGGCCAUAGCUCGCCUACACCUGUGAAAAGCACUAGCCAGGUAAUUGGGAGCAUGGGAGGCGCAAGGAAGAAAAAGGGAAAAGGAAAAAAUUAUGUAAGCAACGGGCGUGAAGCUAUAGAGUUUAAGAAAACUUUCCUUAAAAGGGAAUUUAGACAACUUCAAUAUAUCAUCGUUUGCUUUGAAUAUUCACCAGUUUAUACCACAGCCAUUGCACAAAGCGAGGCAAGGAGAAACUUCAAGAUGGCAUCCUCUAGAUCUUCAACGCCAGCUUCAUCUCCCACGCAAGCCUACUUAUUCCUGUACAACUUAGUAUCCCUGGGACUCUGGAGUACCCUCACUUUUCGUCUACUAUUUUCUCUCUUCCAGAUAUACAGUGACAGCCAUGGCAGUUAUAGCAGCGAAGGCGAAGGAGUUGCUGGGCUUUUUGUUUAUCUCUUUCCCCUGCUUCGGACGACUCAAUCUCUUGCUGCUCUGGAGAUCCUUCAUUCCUUGUUCGGACUUGUUCGAGCUUCGGCUGUGACUACCACCAUGCAGGUAGCUAGCAGGCUAUUGUUGGUCUGGGGAGUCAUGUAUAUCUUUUCACCAUUCAGUCCCACUCUACCCAUCUUCGAAUUUGACGGUACGGGUGCGAAUAAAUAUUUUCUUCUCGGGCAUGGGAUGAGAUCUGCCCAACUAAGUGAUUGGGGGUUUAUCGGAUGUCUGUUUGCUUGGGGUGUUACGGAAUGUAUUAGAUAUGGCUUUUUUGUCUUCCAGAUACUGGGACAGGGUAUUCCUAAAGCUAUACUAUGGUUGAGAUAUAACACCUUUUUUAUCUUAUACCCUGUUGGAAUAUCAAGUGAAUGCUUCCUGAUUUAUCUUACUGUGGUUAAUGCCAGCGGUCUCCUCUCCAUCUUCCGCUUUGCACUCAUUGCCAUUCUACUCGUUUAUAUUCCCGGUAUGGCUAAUUUGUUCAUAACCCCUUGA